UUUGUUUACAAAUGGCUGCCGUUUGACAGAUCACGAGAAUAUGUUAUAGAAGGUUGAUCUGACAUAAAUGUUAGUUCUUUUAAAUCCUUAAACGCACUAUAUCGUAUUUCAAAUAUGUUUUGUACUUUUUUUUUUGUGAAGAAUCAACUUCAAAUAUAAACAACAGGUAAAAUUCAUAGACAUGGGUGAAUUACUGACGAAUAGGAGUGAUGUUUUAAAGGCAGUGUUUAGUCAAUAUGACCAUCAUGCAAAAGAUGAGUUAACACCUAUCCAAGUACAGAUGUUAUAUGGUGAUCUACGAAUGGGAAGUGUUAGUUUACCACAGGUAGUUGCAGCAAUGAAGUAUGUGUGUGUCACUGGGAGCUGUGUUAUGUCAGAACUUUACAACUUAUUGCAAGAGCUGGAUCGACGUUACUUUCUACUAAAUGACUUUAGAUGGGAGUUCUCCAUGUUAGACAGAAAUCAAACAGAUUGUAUAUCAGAAGAUAAGGCCAGAUGGAUGGUGCAAGCAGUACAUGGUAAAUAUUUCUCUAAAAGAAAGUGGGAAUAUUUUGUUACCCAUCGCCCAGCUCCAGGGAGUGGUGUAUCAUUUGCAGAGAUUGAAGUUAUGUUAUGUGAUAUACCAAAUCGUAUGGAGGUACAAGAUGAACAGAAUGAAGCUGAUAAAGAGAGAGAAGCUAAAUUAAGGAGACAAAGAUUGGCAGAGGAAGAAAUUGAAAGAGAGAAAGAGAGACUAAGGAAAGAAAGAGAAGAACAAAGAAGAAGAAAAGAUGAGGAGAACAAAAGAUUAGAGGGAGAACGUAUCAGGAAACUAAAUGAUGAUGAAGAAAAAUCAAGGGCACUGUCUGCAGUAGCUGAUUUAGAUGAAGAACUUGAGGCUGAUGAUGAAGUUGCUCAAAUAUUUGUCAAUGCUGAUGAACCUGAAGGUUACAAUGAAAACGAAUUCAAUCCUGAAGAUAACAAUGAAUCUGAUGAUGAUGAGGUUUCUGAAAGAGAAAGAAGAAAGGAAGAAGAAAGAAUAAGAGAAGAGGAGGAACUGAGACGAUUGAAAGAGUUGGAAGAGAAGCAAAGGUUAGAGAGGGAGAGAAGACAGAAGGAAGAAGAAGAAUUAUAUAAAGAUGUGGAAAAACUUGCAAGAGAUGCAAAGGAAGAGGAGAAGAAUGCUAAGAAUGAAGAGGAUCAGAGACGUUUACGUCACAAGAGACUACGGUAUGACUUGAAAGUAGCUAUGAAAACUCGAGACACAUACAAACUUAAGUAUACCAUAAAUGAGUUUAAGACUGAAAAAGUUGAAGAUAAAGACAUGGAUCUUAUAAAAGCUGAAAAACUACUGAAGGAGAUAUCUUGUAGAGAUGAUUUGAAGAGAGCAAUGACACACCGUGAACUUGAAGAACUUUCCAGAGCAAUAGAAACUGUGAAAAAACAUGGAUUUGAAGUGGAGUUGUCUAAGGAGCUCCUGGAAGCUAAUCAAUUACUAACCAGACUAAGAAGAUUAGAACGUAUUAGACAUGAAAUUUUGCAAUUGAAACAAUCCACAGUAGCAGAAAUUAGAAGUUAUCAAAGUCCACCUCAAGUUGUACAUACUGUCAUGACGUCUACAUUCCUGUUACUAGGUCACAAAGAAAAGGAAACGAAGAUAUGGAAGACAGUUCAGGCAUUGGUUGGUAAGACUGGUAAAGAGGGAUUGAAGAGGAGGUGUAUUGAAUGUAAACCUGAUAAAAUUAAUGUUACUGAUGCUAAACGAGCUCAAACAUUACUGGAGAAGUAUGAACUGGAUGAAAUUAGGGAUGUGUCUGCUGGUGCAGCAACAUUUUAUGUUUGGUCCAUCACAAUGAUAGAAGAGUUAAUGGAUAUCAUAGCCAGAAAAGAGGAGGCAGCAGCAGCCAAACAAACAGAAGAAACAUAGAUCAUCAACAUAAUAAAAAUAUCCAUGAUAGAAUUGUAACCUAUUUGACAUAUUGUUUGUGGACAUAUAUUACUAUUUUAAUUGAUGCGUAGUAUUUCAGCUCCUUGUUAGGGUCUCUAGAAUUUAAAUCAUUUGGCAUCUUUACAAGAUGAAAUGCAUAUUUUCAAACAUUUAGUUUUAUAAGUGAUACUAAUUUAAGGAAAUAUGUAAUUUUAGUUAUUAGGGUUAAAUCAAAAACAGUAGUGGGAUUUCUUGGUAUGAUGAUGACCAAGGAAGCAGGGAAAGUUUAUCUGAAAUGGUCACAUUUCUGAUGUUUAUGGAAAGAGUUUAUAAAUAAAUAAGGAUAAAUGGUGAUUAAUGUAUAGGGGAAAGAAAAUUCUUUUUUUCUAAGAUGAACAUUAUAAAUUUGUAAAGUGAAAACAAAAUUAAUUUUGAAUAUAUAUGCAAAUCACAAGAGUAGAUUAAAUAUUUUAGUUAAACAUAAAUGUUUUGAAAUUUUUGUUAAUUAAUAAAUAACUUGUGUUAUAAUUUAAUUUAUAUAGAAAGAAGGCUAAUUUAUUUCUCAUUGUUAUCUCAAUCCGUCCCUUUACUAUGUUUUACUAACAUUUUAAUUUUAAAUAUAAUUAUUAGGUUUUUUAUAUGUUUUUUUUUACGUCUUAUUUUUUUUUGGAAUUUUCAAAGUUUGUUAGUGUACCUAUAUAAUAGAAGAUCCAAGUUUGAUAUAUUGACUAUAUAUAUUUGAGUUAUUUUGCUACUCUCGAAAGUCAAGAAAGUAAGUUUGUUUACAGUAUAAUAUUUGAGGUCUUCUCUCUGUGGAGACCAUUUGAGAUAUUGCUCUAUCUGAGUAGACCAUUUGAACUAUUGCUCUAUCUUUUGAGACCAUUUGAGCUAUUUCUAUAUCUGUGGAGACCAUUUGAGCUUUUUCUCUAUCUGUGGAGACCAUUUGAGCUAAUGUUCUAUCUGUGGAGACCAUUUGAGCUAAUGUUCUAUCUGUGGAGACCAUUUGAGAUAUUUCUCUAUCUGUAGAGACCAUUUGAGCUAUUUCUCUAUCUGUGGAGACUAUUUGAGCUAUUUCUAUCAUGUUGUGUGACUUGUGUCCAUUGUCUUAGUAAUAGUUGAGUCUUCUAUUUAUAAAACAAGCAUACAAAUUGUGAUCACUCUUCUCAGAUUUGAUACUCAAAUUGUGUCUCAUUACAGUACCAUAUCUGAAUUUGCAAUGCAAUUUAGACACACUAUUAUUUAGAUUUGAUUUUUGAUUUUUGGUGUUUUAAGGCCACUUUUAAGCACCGCUUUUGGGCUAUUUCGUGGCGGCCAGUUUUUAUUGGUGGAGGAAGCCGGAGUGUCCAGAGAAAACCAAGACCUUCGAUAGGAAAACUGACAAUCCUAGUGAAUUAAGAUUGGAGUCGAGUGCACCGUGCACGAGCGGGGUUCGAACUCACAACCUCAGUGUUGACUGGCUAGUGAUUACAGUAGUAACUACCGGUACUUAGACCACUCAGCCACCGAGGCCCCCACUAUUAUUUAGACGAAUUGUCCCUGUAAUAAAUACUUUUUAAAAUUAUAUCAGAUGUGUUCUGUUACUACGAUAAGAUAGUAAGAUAAAAUUUAAAAAAAUGGCCUUACCACUUUAUACACUUUUGGUAGAGACAAUUUGCAAUCAUUGCAUAUCACUCUUCAGAUUUAGUUGAAUAAUAUGCAAUUAUUAGAAUUAAGUUUGUUUUUACAAAAAAAUUUCUCUCUUGUUUCUACUUUCCUAUUCAGCAAAUACAAUUAUUUUAAACCAAACUAUCAGUGAAAAGCUACAUUUGAAGUUCUUGACAUAUGCAAUAUCCCAAGGUUAUGUUUAGCCUUAAAUGCUGACAGGCAUGAAGAGGAUAGGUGAGGUUAGGUAAGUUUGAAGCUGAAAUGUCGCUAAAAGUCUAUGAGUAUGAAGCUAAAAACAACUUUUUCGAACAUUUCUGAAUCAUUUAAUAAACUACCGUAAUAAAUCGUGUAUAGUACACGUAAGUAAAAGUAAAAAAAUGCCUUUUUAUAUUAGACAUGUCCAUAGUUCCAUGUACAAAAAAGUUGUCUGUUUACUGUUCCUUGAUCUUGCAUACUUUAUAUAGUCCUAUUAGUACUCUUGUAUCAUUCAUUUAUUAAAUUUUGCAAAAAUAACUUUACUGUUGACAGUAAACAAUUGUAUUGUUUAUACAUUUUCUGGGCUGGCCCAUACAGCAUUUAUUCAAUGCAUAGUUUAUAUUUUAAUAAAAAUGUUACAUUAUAAUGUG